AGAGUUCUGAUAAGAUUGUGUGCAUUUAUCACUUUGAUUACCACACUUCAAAUCACAAAAGAUGAGAUAUACCAGCACACGAGGUGGAACAGAAGAGCUUACCUUUGAGGAAGCAGUCCUUCGAGGAUUGGCUCCUGAUGGAGGUCUUUAUAUUCCAACUACGAUACCCGAUCUACCCUCAAAAUGGGAAACAGAAUGGGCAAAUUUACCAUACGAUGAAUUAGCUUUCCGCAUCUUGUCCUUGUUCAUUCCCGACUCAGAGAAAGAAGGCGGAAUUCCAUCAGAAGAUCUACGCAAGCUUGUCCAGAAAUCAUACUCAACUUUCCGAGCUUCAGAAGUUACACCUUUGAAGCAAUUGAGCGAAAAGCAAUGGUGCUUGGAACUUUGGCAUGGUCCUACGUUUGCAUUCAAGGAUGUCGCCCUUCAAACAUUGGGAAACCUGUUUGAAUACUUUUUGGCAAGAAAGAAUGCCGGCUUGAAGCAAAAUGAAGCACGCCAUACACUCACAGUUUUGGGAGCCACAAGUGGAGAUACAGGAAGUGCAGCUAUUGCUGGAUUACGAUCAAAGACGGACAUUGACAUCUACAUCUUAUUCCCUAAAGGUCGUGUCAGUCCUAUCCAAGAGGCACAAAUGACAACCGUUUUGGACGAGAAUGUGCACAACUUGACAUUAGAAGGAACGUUUGAUGACUGCCAAGAUGUUGUGAAAGCUUGCUUUGGUGAUGCUCAAUUCAAUGCAAAGCAUCAUUUGGCCGCUAUCAAUUCUAUCAAUUUUGCACGUAUUCUUUCACAAAUCGUAUACUACUUUUCAGCUUACUUCCAAUUCAAAAAAGCGAAUGCAGGCUCUAAUGCAAAGAUUCAAUUCGUCGUACCAACUGGAAACUUUGGUGAUAUUUUGGCAGGAUACUAUGCAAAGAGACUUGGACUGCCAACAGCUGGUUUAGUUGUCGCAACCAAUGAGAACGACAUCUUACAACGUUUCUGGGCUACUGGAAGGUAUGAGAAGCAAGACUCCUCGUCCGAAGGCUCAGCACAAACAGCACCUGCUGCAGGAUCAUCCGAUGGAAGUCAGUCUGCAGUCGGAGGGGUCAAAGCAACUUUGAGUCCUGCGAUGGACAUCCUUGUAUCCUCCAACUUUGAACGUCUUUUAUGGUAUAUCGCUCUUGAAUCACAGGGGAAAGGCAACGACGCCUCUUCUCGUCAAGCCGCAAGCAAGCAAGUGAACCAAUGGAUGCAAGAUCUCAAAUCGACCGGAAGGAUGACUGUGAGCAAAGAACAAUUAGCUUUGGCACAAAGAGAUUUCAUUGCAGAGCGUGUUAGUGAUCAACAAACCAAGGAGACAAUUCUGCAGUACUUUACCGCCAAGCCAUCUUCUUACCUCGUCGAUCCACAUACAGCCGUUGGUUUCAAUGCAGCAAACCGAGUCCAAUCUGGCGAUCAUGUUCAAAUCGUUCUAUCGACAGCUCAUCCAGCCAAAUUUGCUGAAGCAGUCACUUCAAGUUUAGAGAGUGCCAAUGUACCUUUUGAUUUCGAAAAGGAUGUUUUGCCAAAGGAGAUGGUCGGUUUGCUAGAAAAAGAGAGAAGAGUUGAAGAUGUUCGUUUGGCCGAUGCUGCUGAUUCCAAAGGGUCAACAGUGGACCGUCUAUGCCAAGCAACUCGUCAAGUCUUGGACAGGAAUGCACAAAAGUCUAAAAAGGCUACUUCACAAGCUUUACCUAGCGUUUGAGUGUGGGUGGAUAGGAUUAUAGAUUGCUGAUAAUGUACAAUGAGAUUGAAUACGUAAUAAAAACAUACAUUUUGUCUAA